CUAUUCAAAACCAAAUUCCUCCAUUGUCGGCUGAACAAAUAAAUUGAAAAUACAAAAAAAAAAAUUAUUCAAAGUUAAAUUCCUUAAGUUAUGGUAAGGUUUUAUGGCGUACCUUAAAUUCAGAAGAAAAAAAAGUUUUUCACUCAAAAUCAAAUUCCUAUAUAUAGAUAAGGUUUUAUGGGUACAAUCACUUUUCUCAACAAGAAAGGUCGGUUCCAAGGCUCCUAAGUUCAUAAAUAUUGUGUUUUUCCCUCUUUAGUAGUCAGUAUAAAUACAACAACUCCUCAAAUAAAGUGUAGUCAGUAUCUAUGACUUAAAAUAUUUAAUAAUAGUAUAAAGAUGUAUAGCUUCAAUAACUGUUUAUAUUGGUUCUUGCUGAAUUUAUUUUAGUUUAACUAAUUGUUUAUGUUGUUUUUGCUAAAUAUAUUUGAAUUCGGCUAUUAAUGUCCUUCGCAAAUCAUCCAGUGUGUUUGAUUUUUGUUCAUUGACGUUUGAGAUUUUUUAUGUCAAUUGAUUUACUUGUGAAAAAAUUAAAUUAUUUGUAUUCGCAUGUGAUUCUAAUGAAGAAUUUGUUGUGUGCAUACAAUUUGAUUUCAGAUCUUUUAAUUCUCGAUGGAUGAACGAAGAGAUACAUGUUGCUAUUGGCGCUCCUAAAUCCCCAGAGCUAUGCACCCUUUGAGCUAAAUAGUUCUUACGUACGUGAGGUGUCAGAUUUGUGUUCUAUAACACUACAGGAGUAUAGGGUUCGAAUUUGAACUAAAUUGGAGGUAAUUUGAGUCAUCCACUAUUGUUGAGCUUGAGUUUGAAGAAACUUGAAGGGUUAUUUUCGGUACAACCACAAUGGAACUCGAGGCUUCAAAUGCUCAAACAAUGAACAAUAAUGCCAUCAAUCUCAUUUUGGCUCGCCUUGAAACUAUGCCCCGAGAUGUGGCUAGGUUGAAUGUGGGUCUUGAGAAAUUAGAUACGGAUGUUGCAUCAAUGAGUGAGAGAUUAGAACGUGUGGAAAGUCAAAGGAGUCGACCUUUCACCCCUCAAAAUAUUUUUCCAACUAUUACUCCCAAGGCCUUGCACCAAAUGAACAAGUCACCGAGCAACCACCAAAUAUUCCCUAAAACCGUGAGUAUUAUAGAGCAACCCUCCCUCCACUUCACCAAGUCCAACAUGAUGGAUUUGGAACCCAAAUGCCACCAAACCCAAACCCUCCACUUAUCCAAAGACCUCACUUUCCAAUCCAAACUCCAUUGAACCAAAGACCUUACUAUCCUCCAAAUACGGAUCCACUUAAUCCAAAUCUACCAAACCGUUUUGAGGGUUAUGGUAGGGAGUAACAACAUGGGGGUUAUUGGGGUUAUAGUGAUGCUUACUUGAGGGAAGAAGAGGAGAGGGAUAGGCAAGGUGAUUUAGGAUGAGAAGUGAGGGUUGGUAACCAAACCUGAGAGCUUGGCCUCAAUUCCAUCAAAGUUAGUCUUUUGAUCUUCAAGGGUGAGAGUGAUCCCGAGGCAUAUCUUGCUUGGGAGUCAUCUUGUGAUAGGAUAUUCCAAGUGAAUGAUCUAACCGAAGAGAAGAAGAUUUGUUAUGCAAUCGCUCACUUUGAGAGGUAUGCAAACACUUGGUGGGAGUAUGUGAAGAGGUGAAGAGGUUUAGUGAUGUGUUGAUUGCUGGGCGGCCACCUCCAUGGUUUAGAUUGAGGUACCUUAUGCGUCAAAGGUACUUACCCGAGGGCUACAAACAAGAACUUCUGCAAAAGUACAACUUAAGGCAAGGAAACAAAAGUGUCAUGGCAUACUAUGACGAGUUUCAACAAUUGACGUUGAAUCUUGACCAUAGAGGAGAACAAGUGAGCCAUGAUACUAUACGAUUCAAAGUUGGGUUGAAUAGCAACAUAGCUUCUCGGAUGACCCUCCAUAAGUUUGACACGAUCGAUGGCAUUUUCCAAGCGGCCUUGGAAAUUGAAAGGGAGCUCUCGGCCUCCAAACCCAAGAAUCACCAAGGACCUUCCUCGGAGUGGCACCAACAUCAAGAGAAUUCAUCCAAUGGCAACCAAACCAAGAACAAGGUUGUACAAACCGAAACCAAUGCUUCCCAAAAGUAUCCUCCAAGAAACGAAGGUAAACCAAAUUCUACUUCUCGUCCUAAGGGAUUUCAAUGUUUUAAAUGUCAAGGGUGGGGGCACACGGCUAGUGAGUGCCUACAUCGGAGGAAUGUAAUCCUUAGGGAGGGAAAAUUGCAUUACCUUGGUGAGGAGGCAGGACUUGAAUCGAAUGAGAGUGAUGAAAAAGCUCAAGAUGGAGAGCUUGAGGCUGAGGUGGAAAUUAAUGAAGGUGGGGAAGAUAUUUGGCCGGUGGAUGGAGAGUGUGUUGUGCCUAUGUAUAUGGCAAGGAGAAUCAUGCUUAGUGAGGUUGUGGAAGAAGAAGCCGAGAGUGAGGAAGGUGAAGAAGAGAAGCCGAGAGUUAUGAUUGUGGGGUUUGCCCACAAAGACCCUUUAUUUCCUACUAACCAAGAUGCUAGCACUUUACCUAGCAUCCUUUCUUCUUAUGUGUAGGUUAAAGAACAUUUAAGUCCAAGUAGCAAGAUUGAUGACCUCAUGGAACCCUUGGUUGAACAUUCUAACCUUGGGAGGAACAUUGAAAAGAUAAUUCAAAGAGGAGAGCUUGCGGGUGAUGAUUACUUGAAUUUGUGGACAAAUUUCUCUCAAGAUAGAGAGGAUGAUACAAGUGCGAUCACGUAGAUGAACUUAUGAGGAUGUGUAUUGAAUUCAUCCAUGUGUGUGUGCAAGAGAAGUGGAAUUAAGGACUUAAAACAUAUCAAUACAACCACUAAUUCACACUAGAGGGGAACCUAAUCUCUAAGGGGCAUUUUGGACUUUUUGUCUUUUAUUUGUAAUACACUAUAUAAGAAACAUGUUAGGGUUACUUUACUUUAGUUUUUUGAUAUUGAAGAUUGUAUAACACACUUGAAAAACGCAAGUUCUUUCUUCCAUAGAGACUUGGCUGAAACUAGGAAACAACUUAGGUGUGGAAUCACUUUUGUUGUUUGUUUGCUUAGAUCGUUGGGUGCUAGACGGAUUGAGGUCCUCUCUUGUGUCCACCGCAUAGUGUAGGUGUUUCUACUAUCUUUAUCAAGGGUCUUUGUGCUUGAAUACACUUAGGUUCUUGGUCUUUGUAGUAGUGUAUGCCACUCUCUCUAUCAUUUCCUUUGUUGUAAUCUUGUAGUCGUGUGGUGUAUUGUUUCUCUUGUAACCCGUGUGUUGUUCUUCAUCUUGAUGUUGUUAACAUAGUUUGUUAUGGGCUGGUUUUAGGUGUUAAACACCACAAUACAUUGUGUUUUUGUUGAAUCCGAGAGUGGUCAUCAAAAAGGUCCACGGUUCUUUCAACUUGUGGACUGAUUUUGGUGUUGUUUGUGCGUUCCUUGUAAAUCUUGUAUCAUUACUGGAGCAUUAACUACAGAAGAAUGAUUAAAUUAUGAAAAAACAAAGGGCUGUCCACAUUGGGAAAGAGCGACGCAAGAAGAGACUGACGUUUUAGACAAGAAUAAAACUUGGGAAUUGGUACCCAAACUAGAAAAAUGUAAUUCAGUCACUUG